UAUAGGCUGCCCUAAGGGACCCUGGAGACAACCCUUCCUACUCUGUUCAUCUUAUGCCUGACCUCCUUCUGCCCCUAACCUUAGGCUCCAGACAGGGAUGUGAAGUGCUUUUGGGAAGCCCCAGGGCACCGUGGCCAGAGUUCACAUUGGCCAGGUCAUCAUGUUCAUCUGCACCAAGCUGCAGAACAAAGAGCAUGUGACCGAGGCCCUGUGCAGGGCCAAGUUCAAAUUCCUUGGGUGCCAGAAGAUCCACAUUUCCAAGAAGUGGGGCUUCAUCAAGUUUAACGCAGUUGAAUCUGAAGACAUGGUGGCUGAAAAGCACCUUAUUCCAGACAGCUGUGGAGUCAAAUACAUCCCCAACCGUGGCCCCCUGGACAAGUGGCAGGCCCUGUACUACUGAGAGCCUCAGAGGUGUCCCAUAAUCAAUUAUAUUAAAUCAAGAUCCCACUUAAAAAAAAAGAAAGAAAGAAAAAAGAAAGGGAGAGCGAAAGUUAGAUUCCUGCAGACCUGCU